AGCAGGACAAAGCAAAUUGAUCGUAGAAUUUUAUUGUCCGCACAAAAUCCAAUGACAACCAGCUGCAAAUUUUGAUUGACGAGCAGGAGCUGAUUCGUGACUUGGCCUUAACAAUUUCAGGCAACUAAAAGAAAAAAAAAAAUCCAUAGAUGCAGCGACAUCAAUCGGUCUGAUUCUUUCUUUGUUAUAAACAAAACUGGAUGAGUAGCGACGCACAAGAUAUAUUCAACGUUUUUGGCGGAGCCGCCGUAGAAGACAAUUUCGAUGAUGCUAUGGAGGAAGAAGCAUUAGAGGAUCAAAGUAGUGAACAACAAUCAAAAAAUGCUUCUGCUUCUGAAACUUCGCUUGCGACGGCAAAACGCCCUCAAUCAGACAACGAUGAAUUGGAGGCAGGCAACAAAAAGCAAAAAUUGACUGCUGCUGGAGAAGACCUAAGAAUAUUCAAAGAAGACAUAAAUAAACAAGUAACACCAGUAGUGGCUGACAGUUUCGAAGAAGAAGCUUCUAGAGCUGUUACAAACAUUGCUGGUUUGCAAGCACAGCCAUCAAAGGAAGAAGGAGAAAAGAUUGUUCUUAGUCAUGCUAUUCGUCAUCAAGUUGCUGUGCCACCUAAUUAUCCUUAUGUACCGAUCUCUCAGCAUAAGCCACCUGCUGAUCCUGCUAGAGUCUAUCCAUUCACUCUGGAUCCUUUUCAACGUGUCGCAGUUUCUUCGAUCGAACGUAAUGAGUCAGUAUUGGUUGCUGCUCACACUUCAGCUGGUAAAACAGUUGUUGCUGAGUAUGCUAUUGCGCAGUGUUUGAAAAAUAAACAACGUGUUAUUUAUACUUCACCUAUCAAGGCUCUAUCAAAUCAAAAAUUCAGAGAAUUCACAGAAGAAUUUGGAGAUGUUGGUUUAAUGACAGGUGAUGUUACUAUCAAUCCGCAAGCCUCUUGUCUUGUCAUGACAACAGAAAUUUUGAGAUCUAUGUUGUAUCGUGGUUCAGAAAUCAUGCGUGAAGUUGCUUGGGUUGUAUUUGAUGAAAUUCAUUAUAUGAGAGAUGCUGAACGUGGUGUUGUUUGGGAGGAGUCUAUUAUUUUAUUACCUCACGCCGUUCGUUUCGUAUUCUUAUCCGCUACUAUUCCCAAUGCUAUGGAAUUUGCUGAGUGGAUUUGCAAGAUUCACGAACAGCCUUGUCAUAUCGUAUAUACAGAUUUCCGUCCAACACCGCUUCAACAUUAUCUGUUCCCUGCAGGAGGAAAUGGUAUCCAUUUGGUUGUGGAUGAAAAGAGUCGAUUUAGAGAAGACAACUUUCAAAAAGCCAUCGGUGCAUUGAAGGAACAUAAAGGCGAUGAUCCCAGCAGUACCAAUACUCGUGGAAAAAAGAAAGGACAAACUUAUAAAGGCGGUGCUAAUGAUGGCCCUUCCGAUAUCUACAGAAUCAUCAAGAUGAUUAUGAUGAAGAAUUACCACCCUGUUAUUGUCUUCAGUUUUUCCAAGAAGGAAUGUGAGUACAACGCUCAGCAAAUGUCUAAACUCGACUUUAACGAUGAGGAUGAACACGCUAUGGUUACUCAAGUAUUUAAUAAUGCUAUCUCAUCUUUAAAUGAGGAUGACCGUCAACUUAGUCAGAUUCAACAACUUCUGCCUUUACUUAAACGUGGUAUUGGUGUUCAUCAUGGUGGCCUGUUGCCCAUCAUGAAGGAAACAAUUGAAGUUCUUUUCCAAGAAGGCUUACUGAAGGUUCUGUUUGCAACUGAAACCUUUUCCAUUGGUCUUAACAUGCCUGCAAAAACUGUUGUUUUCACAAGUGUUCGUAAGUUUGACGGUAAGAGCAUGCGUUGGGUAUCUUCAGGUGAAUACAUUCAAAUGUCUGGUCGUGCUGGUCGUCGUGGUCUCGAUGAACGUGGUGUUGUUAUCAUGAUGAUUGACGAGCAGAUUGAGCCAACUGUUGCUAAGGGCAUGGUGAAAGGUGAAUCGGAUCGUAUGAAUUCAGCGUUCCAUUUGAAAUACAACAUGAUUCUUAAUCUGUUACGUGUAGAAGGUAUCAGUCCUGAGUUUAUGCUGGAGAAAUGUUUCUUCACCUUCCAAAACAAUGCCAAUAUUCCACAAUUUGAAAAGCAGAUUACUGAAUUGGAAAACCAGAAAAACGAAAUUGUAGUAGAAAAUGAGGAUGAAAUUGCCAACUACUAUCAAAUUCGUAAACAACUAGACCAAUAUACUCAGGAUAUUCGUGAUGUGAUUACACAUCCUACUUAUGCUUUGCCAUUCUUACAACCGGGACGAUUGGUUCGAAUUAAAUAUGAUGACAUGGAUUUUGAUUGGGGUGUCGUCCUGGACUUUCAGCAAGUAAAGAAAUUCAAAAAGGAUAAAAACAAGGAUGGCAAUGAUAUACUUACAGCAGAAGACUAUAUUAUAAAUGCAUUAUUAUACUGCUCUAAUGACAGCACGCUGGCGAAAGAUGCAACUGGACACACCGUUGGUGUUAAACCGGCUCCGGCCGCUGGUGAGGGAUCCUUAAUGAGUGUCCCUGUUUCACUGAAAGCAAUUUACAGUAUGAGUCAUGUUCGCCUCAAUCUUCCCAAAAAUCUGAAGAAGCAAGACUCUCUGAAAGCUGUUUACAAAUCUAUAUUGGAAGUCAAGAAAAGAUUCCCUGAUAAUCUUCCCUUGUUGGAUCCCGUAAAGAAUAUGGGUAUUAAGGAUCCUGGAUUUAAGUCAUUAAUAUCCAAAAUUCAAGUUUUAGAGAAGACCUUAUUUGAUCAUGCUCUAAGUUCAUCCCCAGAACUUCCAGCUUUAUACGAUAAAUAUUACGAAAAGGUGCAGAUCGCGGAAAAGAUCAAGGAUUUGAAGAAGAGAAUGUCCGAAGCUCAAUCGAUUGUCCAGUUAGAUGAACUGAAGAACAGAAAGCGUGUGAUGAGAAGACUUGGUUUUACUACACCAUCAGAUGUUGUUGAAAUGAAGGGUCGUGUUGCUUGUGAGAUCAGUACCGGUGAUGAAUUACUGUUAACAGAAAUGAUAUUUCAGGGUGUAUUUAACGACUUAACGGUAGACCAAGCAGUAGCCCUUCUCAGUUGCUUCGUUUUCGACGAAAGAGUUGAAGCAAAGACAAAACUGGGUGAGCAACUCCAAAAGCCUCUUAACCAGAUGCGAGAAAUGGCCAAACGUAUCGUAAAGGUAUCCAAUGACUGUAAGAUGAACUUAUCCGAAGAAGAAUAUUUACUACGAUUCAAGCCAGAAUUGAUGGAUGUCGUCUAUGCUUGGUGUCAAGGCGCUAAAUUUUCUCAGAUCUGUAAAAUGACUGAAGUAUAUGAAGGUUCGCUCAUCCGUAUCUUCAGACGUUUGGAAGAACUCCUAAGGCAAAUGUGUGCUGCUGCUAAAAGUAUCGGCAACGUAGAAUUGGAAAAUAAGUUCUCUGAGGGUAUCAAUCGUAUUCACAGAGAUAUUAUUUUUGCUGCUUCACUUUAUUUGUAAAUAUUUUCAUCAUCAGCUGUAUUUUAUCUUCGUUCUAUAUGCUUAUACCUUUAAAUAGAUAAGAGAGAAAGCACUUCAUUUCAUAUUUGGAAGCAAGAAUAAACCAUUGGAAUUCUUUUUUUCGCUUGAUAAAUCGAAAUAAACAAAAAAAAAAACUUAUUGUCCCC